CGCGCGCUGCCUGUCGGGAUACUCGGCCCGCCCACCCAGUCAUCUCGUCCGGCUCUGCGAGAUCCGUGUUUCUCCCAAGAUGGUGGCGCUCCUUUCUGGGUGACUACAGGAGACGACAGGGCCCUUCAUCUUCGGCAGCACUUCGCCGUCCUUUCUGCGCUCGCUCGAGCACCGGGCCACGCAGCCAUCCAUCCCCUCAUCGCGCCUCUCCACUGUCGACCUGUCGCGGACAGUAGCGCCUCUUUCUGCUUCUCGGAGUUGCUUGCCGCCCUUGCCCCCCGUGGAUAGACCGCGGCAGCAGCCAACUAGCGCCGACUCCAAGGUUGCCUAGGCGUCCGGCCUCCGGGCCUCGGUUUCCUGAGGAGAAGCGCGGGUCCCGCAUGAGCCCCGGCGGUGGCGCCAGCGGCAGGGAACGAGGCGGUGGCGGGCGGCGGCGGCGUACGAGGGCGACAAGGACCAGUGAAGCGGCCGCAGCUGCGAGGGCCGCAGCCCAGGCACGGGGGCGAGGACAGGUUAAAAAUCUCUAAGAGCCUGAUUUUAGAAUUCACCAGCUCCUCAGAAGUUUGGCGAAAUAUGAUCACCAGGAGAACCCCAGUCUGAGGACAUUGAAGCUAGCCGAAUAAUAUGUGGUGUCUUCAGCAGUAGUGUCUUACCAUCAAGUUCUGGAGGGUAACCAAACACAUUGUCAAUAAAUGAGCAAUAUUGUUGGGAGAGGGUGAUCUGUGGGAUCUCACCGGCCAGCAACUCCAAAGAGGCCUCUUUGACUUGAGACAUGUCAGCUCCUGGCAACACCCACUGCCUACCUCAACGAAGUGAUGAGCAUCAUAAAAUCUCCUUUUGGAGAUAGCUUCAUUAAUGACAAGUUAGCUACUGAGCAAAAAUGCCCCAGCUAUAUCUCUAGACAAUAUGUUGUCCAAAAUGGACAAGACUUGGAUACAGGCUGAAUUGACUGUCAAGUUCUGCCAUGACAGGGAAGCGAGCAGCUGCAAAGCAUCUAAUAGAGCGCUACUACCACCAGUUAACUGAGGGCUGUGGAAAUGAGGCCUGCACGAAUGAGUUUUGUGCUUCCUGCCCAACUUUCCUUCGUAUGGAUAACAAUGCAGCAGCUAUUAAGGCCCUUGAGCUUUAUAAAAUUAAUGCAAAACUCUGUGAUCCUCAUCCCUCCAAGAAAGGAGCAAGCUCAGCUUAUCUUGAGAACUCAAAAGGUGCACCUAACAACUCAGAGAUAAAAAUGAACAAGAAGGAAGGAAAAGACUCUAGAGAUGAUUUUAAAGAUGUGAAUUACCUAACUGAAGAGAUAGUAUAUGAAAUUCUUGAAUUAUGUGGACAGAGUGGGGAUUACUCUCCUUUAAUUCGCGUAAUUGGAAGAAUUUUUUCUAGUGCUGAGGCGUUGGUUCAGAGCUUUCGGAAAGUCAAACAACACACUAAGGAGGAAUUGAAAUCUCUUCAAGAAAAGGAUGAAGACAAGGAUGAAGAUGAAAAGGAAAAAGCUGCAUGUUCUGCUGCUGCUGCUGCGGCUGCUGCUGCUGCUACCGCUGCUGCAGCUGCAGCUGCAGCUGCUGCCGCUGCUGCUAUGGAAGAAGACUCGGAAGCGUCUUCUUCAAGGAUGGGUGAUAGUUCACAAGGAGACAACAAUGUACCAAAAUUAGGUCCUGAUGAAGUGACUGUGGAUAUUGAUGCUAUUAGAAGGGUCUACACCAGGUUGCUCGCUAAUGAAAAACUAGAAACUGCCUUUCUCAAUGCACUUGUAUAUCUGUCACCUAACGUGGAAUGUGACUUGACCUAUCAUAGUGUGUAUGCCCGAGAUCCUAAUUAUCUCAAUUUGUUCAUUAUUGUAAUGGAGAAUAAUAAUCUCCACAGUCCUGAAUAUCUGGAAAUGGCAUUGCCAUUAUUUUGCAAAGCUAUGUGUAAGCUACCCCUUGCAGCUCAAGGAAAACUGAUUAGACUUUGGUCUAAAUACAGUGCAGACCAGAUUCGAAGAAUGAUGGAAACAUUUCAGCAACUUAUUACUUACAAAGUCAUAAGCAAUGAAUAUAAUAGCCGAAAUCUAGUGAAUGAUGAUGAUGCCAUUGUUGCUGCUUCAAAGUGUUUGAAAAUGGUUUACUAUGCAAAUGUGGUGGGAGGGGAAGUGGACACAAAUCAUAAUGAGGAAGAUGAUGAAGAGCCCAUACCCGAGUCCAGCGAAUUGACACUUCAGGAGCUUUUGGGAGAGGAAAGAAGAAAUAAGAAAGGUCCUCGAGUGGAUCCACUAGAAACUGAACUUGGUGUUAAAACUCUAGAUUGUCGAAAACCACUUAUCUCCUUUGAAGAAUUCAUUAAUGAACCACUGAAUGAUGUUCUAGAAAUGGAUAAAGAUUAUACUUUUUUCAAAGUUGAAACAGAGAACAAAUUCUCUUUUAUGACAUGUCCCUUUAUAUUGAAUGCUGUCACAAAGAAUUUGGGAUUAUAUUAUGACAAUAGAAUUCGCAUGUACAGUGAACGAAGAAUUACUGUUCUCUACAGCCUAGUUCAAGGACAGCAGUUGAAUCCCUAUUUGAGACUCAAAGUCAGACGUGACCAUAUCAUAGAUGAUGCACUGGUCCGGCUAGAGAUGAUUGCUAUGGAAAAUCCUGCAGACUUGAAGAAGCAGUUGUAUGUGGAAUUUGAAGGAGAGCAGGGAGUAGAUGAAGGAGGUGUCUCCAAAGAAUUUUUUCAGUUGGUUGUAGAGGAAAUCUUUAAUCCAGAUAUUGGUAUGUUCACAUAUGACGAAGCUACAAAAUUAUUUUGGUUUAAUCCAUCUUCUUUUGAAACUGAGGGUCAGUUUACUCUGAUUGGCAUAGUCCUGGGUCUGGCUAUUUACAAUAACUGUAUACUGGAUGUCCAUUUUCCCAUGGUUGUCUACAGGAAGCUAAUGGGGAAAAAAGGAACUUUUCGUGACUUAGGAGACUCUCAUCCUGUUUUAUAUCAGAGUUUAAAGGACUUACUGGAAUAUGAAGGGAAUGUGGAAGAUGAUAUGAUGAUCACUUUCCAGAUAUCACAAACAGAUCUUUUUGGUAACCCAAUGAUGUAUGAUCUAAAGGAAAAUGGUGAUAAAAUUCCAAUUACAAAUGAAAACAGGAAGGAAUUUGUCAAUCUUUAUUCAGACUAUAUUCUCAAUAAAUCAGUAGAAAAACAAUUCAAGGCAUUUCGCAGAGGUUUUCAUAUGGUGACUAAUGAAUCUCCCUUAAAGUACUUAUUCAGACCAGAAGAAAUUGAAUUGCUUAUAUGCGGAAGCCGGAAUCUAGAUUUCCAGGCACUAGAAGAAACUACAGAGUAUGACGGUGGCUAUACCAGAGAAUCUGUUGUGAUUAGGGAGUUCUGGGAAACUGUUCAUUCAUUUACAGAUGAGCAGAAAAGACUCUUCUUGCAGUUUACAACAGGCACAGACAGAGCACCUGUUGGAGGACUGGGGAAAUUGAAGAUGAUUAUAGCCAAAAAUGGCCCGGACACAGAAAGGUUACCUACAUCUCAUACUUGCUUUAAUGUCCUUUUACUUCCGGAAUAUUCAAGCAAAGAAAAACUUAAAGAGAGAUUGUUGAAGGCCAUCACAUAUGCCAAGGGAUUUGGCAUGCUGUAAACAAACAAGCAAAUGAAAGAAAAAGAAAAAAGUUUAAAAACUUAAUAAAUAUAAUAAGAGGGAUAAUUUGGUGGUGAUAGUGUCCCAGUACAAAAGGCUGUAAGAUAGUGAACCACAGUAGUCAUCUAUGUCUGUGCCUCCCUUCUUCAUUGGGGACAUUGUGGGCUGGAACAGCAGAUUUCAGCUACAUAUAUGAACAAAUCCUUUAUUAUUAUAAUUAUUUUUUUGCGUGAAAGUGUUACAUAUUCUUUCACUUGUAUGUACAGAGAGGUUUUUCUGAAUAUUUAUUUUAAGGGUUAAAUCACUUUUGCUUGUGUUUAUUACUGCUUGAGGUUGAGCCUUUUUGAAUAUUUAAAAUAUAUUUACCAACAAAACUACUCUCGCAAGGAAAACAUUGCCACCAUUUGUAGACCAUGUAAUCUUCAAGGAUGUGCUAUUUUUUUUAAUAGUCCCUGUAUUUAACUCAAAUCAGGAACUUUUUUUUUUUUCUAACAAUUUGCUUUUGAAACUUGAAGUCUCGGAAACAGUGUGGUGCAAGUACUGCUGUUCUAGCCCCAAAGAAUUUUUCUGUACAAAAUUUUGAGAAUCAAUAAAGAUGGAAGGGAGAAUUUGGAAUGUUUGAACCACAGCCCUCAGAAUUUACUUUAGUAACAGCACAACAAAUUAAAACAACUCAUGCCACAGUAUGUUGUCUUCAUGUGUCUUGUAAUGAACUCUUUCAGUAGCCAAUCUUCUUAGUAUAUGAAAGGACAGGGAUUUUUUUGUUGUUAUUUUUGAUGUUUUUGGUGUUUUAAGUUUACUGGGGAAAGUGCAUUUGGCCAAAUGAUAGGGUAGUCAAGCCUAUUGAAACAGAAUUAGAAAGUUUGUUGUAUAAAUAAGCAUGUAAAAGUGCACUUAAAAUGAAUCUUUAUUAUAACCUAGAUUUUAAAUAGACAAUCCAAAGUCUCCCCUUCUGUUGCCAUCAUCUUGUUUAAUCAACUAUUUUUCAAGGCACUCGAUCAGUGUUGCAGCAUAACAGAAAGGAUGGCUACUGUGCCUUGUGUUACUUAGUCAUACAGUAAACAGGCCUGGAAAUGAAUGGAAACUAGUUCUCCUGAGAAUUACAUUGUAUAUCUCCCAAAUUAAAUUUUACUUCAAAAGUAUUAAAGAUUACAUGUCCUAUAGAAAAGUACAAAUAGGCUUAAAUUACUGGAUAUUUCAUGUAGUUUUCCAUCUCUAGUCUUCUAUGUCUGUGAUGUUAAUUUCUUUUGUUGCAUAACAAAAUAAAAGAAUUAUGUAUUUUUAACUAAGGAGAGGCAUACUGGUAUAUCAUUUUACUACAAGCUACACAGCUAACAUGUUGAGCUUGUGCCUUGAUUGUUUUAAAAACUAGUGCAAAUCAAUCUGAUGUUUUAAAUUGGCAGGGGAAAAUGUAGCUUUCAGAUCAUUGGAAGGGGGGGAAGGAUGUCUUUCAGGAUUAUUUUCAUUCUUGUAGUAGUUUAGAUAGAAGUAUUAUUUACUGUAAUGCUAAAUAAAACAGUGGCUUAAAAAACAAACUAUAAUGGGAAGAAAAGAACACCGUGCGUUCCAUAUUGUGAUAAGGUAAUGUGGGUUUUUUUUCUGGGCUAGCCUUUAGAACACUGUUGUGGUUUGUAUGCUACCUUGAUUGUAGGACCCCUAAAUGUGACUAUAGUCAUCUUAAAGGGUAUCUCAUCCACUGUGCUUCUUAUGUAUUAUGAAAGUGAUAAGAAGACAAAUGAAGUGGGUAUAUUUUAUAAAAUAAAUUCAUGAAGAGAUUUGUGUUCUUCAGUUCUCAAGUUUAUUACUCUUACAGUAUUGAAGUAGUCGUGAUACUGUAUCUGUGUGAAAGUAUUUAAGUGAUACUAUCAAUUAUCAGACAGAAGUAACAUCAGUAUAUUUAAUAGAAAGUGAAAAAAAAAAUCCCUACAAAGUUUUAAGAGGUAAAAAUACACUCACUUGCUUCCUAAUCAAUUUUUCUUGUCAUGUUGCCACAUUUUAUGGCCGCCUUUUCAUUAUUGCUUUAUUAGAUUGUUAUGGAAUAAUGUCUUAUGAGUAAAAGAAUGUCUUUUAGUAUUGUAGAACAUACCAAAUUUACAAAGCACACCCUGCAGCGAAACUUCUCUGGAUGCUUGGCAGCUGCAGCAAAUGAAUUGAGUGUCUGAUUGUAUAUAUUGUGGUCUACAGUUAAUAAUGCGAUCAAAUUCAAUUAUAAUAACCUUAGCUAUGUUUGAAAAUCCAUCCCUGUGUAGGAAGGUAUAUAACAAAAGAAACCUGUAAAUGAGAUUUCAGAGAACUUGUUCAUGUUACCAUGUGGCACAUGUAUUACUAGGCAGCAUCAUUUCCUGUUUCUAUGGCUAUGCUGAAACUUCAACCUCUUACAAAGAAUUUUUUUUUUUUUUUAAAGAAUCCACAUAAUCUGGAGAAAGAAGUGUUUUACUGAGUCUACUCGUGUAAUCUUCAUCCCUUUAAUUGCUUGUUCUUAAGUCUGUCUUUAUCCUUUCUACCCUUCCCAGGCCUACCAGAGUAAAUUAAUAAUAAUAAUAACUUCCACUUGCUUUUUCUCUUUUCUCUUAUUCAGUGUCAGAGUAUAAAACAACUCAGUGUUGGUGGAGAAGAUGUUUACACAGUAGAGUCAGAGGUCAUUUUUUCCUUUCAAAUCAUUAAACUGCCUUGGAUAAGUUACAAGAAGGUUUAAGUGCAUGUAUGUACUGGAUUUCAUUUUGUAAAAAUAGCACUAAUCCAGUAAUAUUUCACUGAAAGUAUCCUUUGCAGUGAUACCAAGUCUCCUAUUUGCCAGAACAAAGAACUAUUGUUUUUAGCACUUGGUAGCCCUAAACAGUAGAGCUACUGCUUCCUGAACUGCCAACUUUCCCAUCCCAAUCCAUCUAUACCUCGUGUGGACACUCUUCUGAUUGUACUUACAUGUACAGAAUGUCUGAACAUUCUGGUCAACCCCAGUAGUUCUCAAAGAUUUUCUCUAAUUAUUUAUCUUACCAGACCUGUAUUUCCAGGAUGUCUUUCUGGUACCUCAAAGUCAAUACAGUACAGAACAGUACCUGUAGUUCUUAAACCUCCUAGCCAUUUCUUGUUGCUUCCUUUAUAACUGUCAACUUGGGGGACUGGAGACGUGGAUUAGUAGGUAAAGGUAAUCAUUAUACAAAAGUUGAUGACCUGAAUACUCUCCCCAGACUUCAUAUAAACAUGGAAGGAAUGAAAACUCCACAAGGUUGUCCUCUGACCUUACCACAUAUGCCAUGGCUUUUGUUGUCUCCAACGCUUGCACAGUUUAUGCAUAUAAUUAUUUUUAAGGUUUCAUCUUUAUCAUAGUUAUGAAUUCUCUCAUCCCUUACAUUGUUACACAUUGUCAGUUAUUUUCUCUCAAGCAUAUUCUGUUAACUUUAUUUUACCUGGGUUAUCUCCCCAACUCUUAGCUACUUCUAAUUCCUUUUAUUCUCCUAAAGCAUAGUUUAUUUUUUUUCUUGUUUAAAAUGAUUACUUCCCCUUUGAAUAAAACUACUGCCCUGUACAGAUGGAUUACUGCAUAAUUUUCUAGUGUCUCCUCUAUAUCCCUACUCGACAUCCCUUUCCUUAGGCUUACUUUGUAUAACUCAAAUAUUCUUCAAGUUGGAAAUUUUAAAAGUAUCAUGCUCAUGAAGACUUCUGUUAGCUCUAGUAUGCUUCCAUAGUAUAAUAGUAGCCUGCGUAUUCAUGGUGCACAGCCUGAUGGGCCACAUUUAUUGGAACAGUGUGUAUUUAUGUGUGUGUGUGUGUGUGUGUGUGUACACACACACACACACACACACACACACACACACAUUUCCUGAAGAGAUUUUCUGGAAUCACAGAAUCAUAUCAGCCAACUGAAAAGGAGGUCAGAGAAUUUGAAAAGACUAAUUGAAAGCAAGAUGUUUUUGUAACUCUACAUUCUGUCUUCUGGUACACUCUGGCAAUCACGAGCCACCUUUAUGCCCCUCACACUCUUCCCCUUAGUCUAGCAAAGAUGGCAGCUGGUACAUUAAAUCAUUCUGCUUUUUCUAAUACCCCAGAUUGUCAUGAAACAAUCCUUCAGAUGCUGUUCUCCGUAAAUGUAUAUGAGUCAAAUUUACAUUGCAAGUCAAAAUCCUGUAAAUUCUGAUGAGAAGUUUCAGUGACUAUCAAGUACUGUGCAUGGUCCUGCAUUUUCCCAAAAUAGGUCAGUCACUGUAACGUGAGAGGUUAUACACCUUCCCAGAGCUCAUACAGCCAGGAAAAAGGAUGACUGGUGGUAUGGGUAGGCCCACAUGACCGCAUAAAAUUUGUCAUCUUACACUUGAAAAAAAAAAUCAAAUAUCAAAUUAAGAUUCUUAGGCUGACAUGCAUGGGACCUGGGCUUAAUAUCCAGAUUAUUUUCCAUUCCUCAGAAAUUUAUAGGAAAUGAUGUGGAAUGUAUUUGAAAAUAGUACACAUUGGAUGAUGUUAUAGCCUUCAGUCAGAUGACUCUGAAUUUUAGUUUUGGCCCAAUAAUUCCUUUGAUGUGAAUUAUGCCCACUCCUACCUUAUCUCUGGUUGUGUGGUUUCAAUGAAAUGACCAUGGAGAUGGUAGAUAACAUUUUGGAAAAUAUCCUGAGAGCAGUUCUCCCAACAUUUGCUUGUUAACUAAAAGAAAAAUACCAGGAUAUUGGAGAUGUCUGUAAUAAGGACAUUUGGAAAAGUUGACCUUAUUUCAUCAACCUUUAAGUGGAAGAGAUAUGCUUUCCCUCAUCUUUGAGAUAAAAUUCAUAUAGUAUAAAAGUCACCAUUUUAAAAAGUAAAAUUUGUUAUAUUCACAAAGUUGUGAAAUUGUCUUUAUCUAAUUCUAGAGCAUUUUCAUCACUGUUAAAGUUUUCUGUACCUAUUAGGAGUGACUGUUCAUAAGUCCAGCCCCUGACAACUACUCAUCUACUUAUGCCUAUGAAUUUUCCUAUUUUGGACAUUUUAUGUUAACGAACUCAUACAAUAUGUGGCUUUUUUUGUCUUGUUUACUCACUGUCUGUCCCCAGAAUAAUGAGUUCAAAGUGCAUCUCUGUUGUAGCAUGUAUUGGUACUGUUUUUUGUGACGGAAUAUUGUCAUUGUAUUGAUAUGCUGUUUUGUUUUGUUUUCAUUGGGUUGUGGAGACUUGUGUUGCUUCUGCUUUUUGCAUAUUAUGAAUAUUGCAACUAUGAAUACUUUGUGUACAUGUUAAGUCUUCAUUUCUCUUCUGUCUUGUAAGCAUCUUAUGGUUUUAGUUCCUAAAUUCAUGACUUUGAUCCAUUUUUGCAUGUGGUGCAUUGUGGGAUCUACUUCCAUUCUUUAGUAUGUGGAUAUCUAGUAGAACAAACACUAAUUUCUUACAAAGAAUAAUAAUUUCUUUAUGGCUUUGCAUCCUUGUCAAAAAGAAACACAGAUGACCAUAAAUAUGGCUCAUUUUGGACUCUUCAACCUUAUUCCACUGUCUUAUGUAUCUCCUUAUGCCAGUACCACACUGUUUUAAUUACUGUAAUUCUAUAAUUUUUGAAUUUAGGAUGUGUGAGUCCUCUAACUUUGUUCUACAUCAAGAUCAUUUAUAGGGUCCCUUGCAUUCCACAUGGAUUUUAGGAUUCAUCUGUUAAAUUCUGCAAAGCAGGCACCUGAGAUUUUGAUAGUUUUUGUGUUGAAUCGAUACAUCAGAUUGAAGUAUGUUGGUACUUUAACAGUAUUAAAUUUUUUAAUUCAUAAACAUGGAGUGUCUUUCCAUUUAUUUAGGUCUGUUUUUUUUUUAAUGCUGUUUUAUAGAUUUAAGUGUAUACAUCUUGACUCUUCAGAUUAAAUAUUUUUCAAAGAUGUUCUUCUUGAUGCUAUUACAAACAUUUUUUUCUAUUUUUUUGGAUUAUUCAUUGCUAGCAUCUAGAAAGAACAGAUUUUUGUGUAUUGACUUUGUAUACUUAGCUAUUUUAAGCUGAUUCUGUUUUAUUUACUAUUACCAUUAUUUGUAUACAAGAUUGUGAAUCUGUGAAUAUAAAUACCUUUAUUUCCUUUCCACUCUGGAUUCUUUUUAUUUGAUUUUUCUGCCUAAGUGCCCUAGCUAGCAUAUCCAGUAUAAUAUUAAAUAGAAGUGGCAAGAGUAGACAUCUUUUUCUUGUUCCUGAUUUUACGGUGAAAGCCUUAUGUCUUUCACCAUUAAAUAUGAUGUUAGCUGUGGGUUUUUCAUAGAUGCUGCAAAUAGAGGAAAUUUCGUCUAUUCCUACUUUACUGAAUGUUUUUUUAUGAAAAAAAAGGGGGGGUAUUGAAUUUUGUCAAAUGCUUAUGUAUCUAUUAAGGUUGUCAUGUAGUUUCUGUCCUUGAUUCUAUUGAUAUGUUGUAUUACAUUGAUAGAUUUUUGUAUAUUGAACGAACCUUGCAUUUCCUGGAAUAACCCCACUUGUCUAUGCUACAUAAACCAUUUUCUAUGCUGC